AGCGGGCUACAGAAUGUUGGCCCGACUUCCGCCAGCAAAGAGACGGCGCGCAGGAAAGUAGUGAGAUCGAAACAUCCUGUAAAAUAGGACUAACUUCAAACAAAUGCAAUAUACGGAAUUUCAGUAUUGUUUUGUCGGUGAAAAUCAACAUAAGAGCACAUAGCAAGCUAUUUGGCUGAAAUAUUGUGCUUGCUACAGCAAGCUUGCAAACACUUGAGAGUAUUCAAAUUAAGGAGCGCGUCGACGUCGGCCUGGUCAAUUUGGCUAGCCAGCUAGCUUACAGAGCUAGACCUAUCUUGAAGUUAUCGACUGCAGGACAAGCAACAUAAGAGGAAUGAGUGAUGACCUCUGUUGUGGUGGCAGACGGUGGAGGGAAUAUGGUGGAGUACGUCACUGUCAUGGAAGAGACUGAGCAGAGUCAGGAGAACCUCGGUGAGGAGGGGGAGGUGGUGCAGGAGAUAGUGGAGACUGUAAUAGGGGAGGAUGGGGAGGAGUAUCCUGCUGUGGUGGUGGAAGAGGUGCCCAGUGCCCAGUUGGAGCAGUGCUACGCUGCCCAGGUGUUGGUCUACGAUGACGGGACCUAUCUGAUGCAGGACGUGGGAGACGAGCAGGAGGUGGUCACCGAGGUAGUGGAGACAGUAGAGGUGUCGUCACACGGGGGCAUGGUGUGCUUUGAUAAGACCUUCGAGGCGGCCGAGGCCCUUCUUCACAUGGACUCCCCCAGCAGUUUCCAUGGAGACCGCAACAACACAGUGGAGGACGUGAUGAUGGAGACGGUGGUGGAGGUGUCUACAGAGUGUGAGCCCAUAGAAGAGGACAGCUUCCCUAUACCCCCUGACUAUGAGCCUCCGUCUGCCAAGAAGAAGAAAGGGGGACGGAAGCCGAAGACACAACAGCCUCAGCCUGACACCAACGGCAACAUUGACCUGGGGAUCAGGCAGAGACCCAGAGAGGGAAAAGGGAGCACCACCUACCUAUGGGAGUUCCUGUUGGAUCUCCUCCAGGAUAAGAACACCUGUCCCAGGUACAUCAAGUGGAUGCAGCGGGACAAGGGCAUCUUCAAACUGGUGGACUCCAAGGCCGUGUCCAAGCUGUGGGGCAAACACAAGAACAAACCUGACAUGAACUAUGAAACCAUGGGCAGGGCACUCAGGUAUUACUACCAGAGGGGGAUCCUAGCCAAGGUGGCGGGCCAGAGGCUAGCCUACCAGUUUAAAGACAUGCCCAAGAACAUCAGGGUGAUCGACGAUGACCGGGAGGAGGAGGAGGGAGAUGAGGGGGAACCCUCUGAGCACCACCAGACACUGAUUAUUGACCCUGCCACCUCCACCCAGACACAGCAGAACUACAUCACUGUCAUACCCACCUCGUCCGGCAACAGGACCAUGCGUUUGGCCAUGCCCAUGGUCAUGACGACGACACUGGGUCAAAUGACCCUCAACUCCUCCACCGUCUUCACCACCCAGGCUCCCAUCACCCUGGGCAACACCCACGCUGGCGGGCCCAAGCUGGUGAUCCAGACCCUGCCCGCCAUGAUGCCCGCCGGGGCCAAGAGCGGAGAGAAGAUCACCAUCAUCACCAUCCCGGCGGCCCAGCUAGCUCAGCUGACGCAGGGCAACCUUUCAGCCCAGCUCUCAGGCCAGUUAGCUCAGCUCAUACAGGCUAAACCAGUCACCCAGCUGGUGCAGGCUAAACCAGUCACCCAGCUGGUGCAGGCUAAACCAGCCCCUCCACUCAUACUGGCAAAGCCUGUGACUGUGACCCAGCAGCCACCUGCCGCCUCCCCUGUAGGUAAACCACAGCUCCCUCCCACCACCACCAUCACAAUCCCUGUACCUACCCCCUCUACACACCCUGAAAAAGAAGCCAUCUCACCCCACACAGCCCUUCCAGAGUCCACCCCUUCAGUGAGCACGGAGCUCCCCCAGUCUAGCCCGGGAGACCCCUCUGACUCGGAGUCGGCACAGAACCCAGUGGACCCUGAAUCUUGAACUCGAGGCCAAGGUGCCCGACAGCUACUGACUCCAUAUUGACCCUGUGUUUUGAAGUGGAGUCUUCCCUUCCCAUCCUCCAAUCACUGGGCAGUGGAGCUGUAGGACCAUACAGAGGAGGAGAGCUCUGAACCUCAGCUAUGGAGCUCCUAGUUACCAGGGAGCUAGUCUUCAAACUGGAGCUGCAGUGCCAUCCCUCCCUCCACAUCAGAAAACCAGGAAAAGAGAUGAGGAUAAAGGGACUUUGUAUACAUAAUACAUAGAUACACUCUCCUACGUAUUGAUUUGGACAGUGAAGCUGAAACUUUUAAUUUGGCUCUCUACUCCAGCAUUUUGGAUUUGAUUAAUUAUUUCAUGUGAGGUGACCGUACAGAAUGUCACCUUUUUUUAUUUGAGGGUAUUUUCAUGCAUAUCUUUUUCACCGUUUAGAAAUAAUCACUUUAUGUAUAUAAGAACACCUGUCCCAGGUACAUCAAGUGGAUGCAGCGGGACAAGGGCAUCUUCAAACUGGUGGACUCCAAGGCCGUGUCCAAGCUGUGGGGCAAACUUGAAGGUGUUAUACAUAUUUGGUCAAAUUCAGUAGUAUGUGUAUUAAAGUAGUCAAAAGUGUAGUAUUUGGUCACAUAUUCCUAGCACACAGUGACAUCAAGCUUGUGAUUCUGCAUUUGCACUAUGCUUUGGCUGUGUUUCAGAAUGUUAUGUCCAAUAGAAAUGAAUAGUAAAUAAUGCAUUAUCAUUUUUAAUUGAAAUAUUACAGAACGUUUCUGAACACAUACCUUAAUCUCGAUGCUACCAAGAUUACGGAUAAUCGUGAAUAAGUGAGAGUGUGAGUUAGAGGCGCAAAUAUCAUACCCCCCAAAAAGUGAUGGUGAGAGGUUAGCCUUUCUUGGGGGUCUGAUCUUUGUGCCUCUAACUUAUCAUUAUUCACAGUUCAUUCAAGAUUAUCAGUAAUUAUGGUAGCAUCCACCUUUUAAUGUAGAAGUGUUCAGAAACAAAUUCAAUUUGUAUUAUUUUUUUUGACUCCAAAAUGACACAUUGUUGUGCCAAACAGAAAUGGUAAAUAGUCUGAAACACAGCCAAAACAAACUGCAAAUGCAUCCAACAAGUUUGUAGAGUCACAAGCUGAUGUAGUCAUUGCAUGCCAGGAAUAUGGCACCAAAUACUAAACUUAUGUAUAUUAACUACUUAUGAUACCUUCAAAUGGACUGUUUUCAUUUAACGGUAAAACAGAUAUGUAGGAAAAUACCCUCAAAACAGGUGACAUUCUGAACGGUCCCCUCAUAUGAAACAUUUCAUCUCAAAUUUGAAAUGCUGGAGUAUAGAGCCAAAUGAAAAGUUUUAGCUUCACUGUCCAGAUAAAUAUGUAGGGGAGUGUACAUGCUUUAGAAGCUCUUUGGAUCUCAAACGAUGGGCAAGCCUUAGAUUGUACAUUGAACAUGCUUCUUUUAAUCAAAAACAUAAUAUAAAGGAAGCCUGAAAGAUUUGUGUAAACUUUUUGAUACUCUUCAGCAGGUUACGUACGAUGUAUUCUAAGUUCAAUGCAAGUGUAGUUCUUUUUGUCUCGUAGUUGAAAUCUUUGGGUUUUCCUCUGACUGGUUGGUUCCCAUCAUCUGGCUAUGGAAAGUAGUCUAGUCCUCCACAGCACUGUCCCUCCACACUCAAUGUUUUUUUUGUGUUAUUAUAUAUAUUUUUUACUGUUCAGAAAAGGGAGCGAAAGGAUGUUUGUGUUAAGGAAAGACAGAUCCAGAUGGUAUAUUCCCACAUUUUGAAGCAUAUGCUAUUUUCAUGUACUCUCAAAGUGUAUUGAUGUAGAUUUUACUGAAGUAUGUAUUAUAAAAAAAACAUGAAUUGAAA